GGGCUCCCGGGGCGCCGGGAUAGCACCCCUUCCCUUCCUCCGCCCCCCGGGCCACCCUUGGGGCCCGGGAGCCCUUGGCCACCCCCAGCCCCGCCCGACGCCGCUGCCCCUCCUAACUCCUGUGUGUCUCUUGGUUUUCAGAGAUCCCCCUGUACUUUGUGGACUUGCCGGAUGAAUUAGACGAUUAUGGAUUUGAAGACUAUGGUCCAGAUUGUGACAGCAUGAGGGUAACGGCCUUCUUGGACAUUCCAGGCCAGGAUAACCUCCCCCCACUUACUCGCCUGGAAAAAUAUGCUUUCAGCGAUAACAUCUUCAACCGUCAGAUUAUUGCCAGAGGACUACUUGAUGUCUUCCGGGACUUCAGUAACAAAGAAGAAGACUUCUUAACAGUAAUGGAGAUGGUAGUCAGAUUGUCUGAAGAUGCAGAGCCCACAGUGCGAACUGAGCUGAUGGAACAGAUUCCUCCUAUUGCCAUUUUUUUGCAAGAAAACAGAUCAGAUUUUCCAGUGGUGUUCUCUGAAUAUCUCAUACCUAUUGUAGUGAAGUACCUCACAGAUCCAAACAAUCAGGUUAGAAAAUCAAGUCAGGAAGUGCUCUUGAUUCUUCUGGAACAAGAUCUCAUUUUCCAGCACGAUAUUGAAAACAAAGUGUGUCCAAUUCUGCUGGAGCUGUCUGCCCCAGACAGUGAUGAGGAAUUCAAAGCAGAAGCCGUGAGUGUAAUUUGCAGAAUGGCUUCAGUGCUGAGUAAGAGCACAGUUGAACACCUGCUGCUCCCUCGAUUCUGUGAACUGUGUGGUGAUGAGAAACUCUUUCAAGUUCGGAAGGUGUGUGUGAAAAAUUUUGGUGAUAUUUGUCAUGCUGUGGGACAAGAAGCCACUGAGAAAUUUCUGAUCCCAAAGUUUUUUGAGCUCUGCUCAGAUAAUGUUUGGGGGAUGCGAAAAGCCUGUGCAGAAUGCUUCAUGGCCGUGUCGUACACCACCUCCCCUGAGGUCCGCAGGACCACACUGUCGCCUCUCUUCAUCAGACUCAUCAGCGAUCCCUGUCGAUGGGUGCGCCAGGCUGCGUUCCAAUCCCUUGGCCCCUUCAUCUCCACCUUUGCAAGUCCCGCCAGCGCUGGCCUUUAUGUUUGCGAGAACGGCACCCUGAGCACCCGACCACAGACCCAGGAUUUGGACACUGAUUUUGCCUCCCGCUUACCCAGUCCUGAAAGUUGUGUUCAUACUUCCUCAGCCAGUUCAACAAAGCCUGUGCGGAUAGAGCCAGAUCUACCCAUGGAAGGGAUAUCAACGGAAACCAGUGAUUUUAUGCAUGUCAGUAGCUCCUCUACUGGCCUGAUAGAAAACCCAAUGGAAAACUCUGCCUCGGCUGGAGCUGAGUUGACCAGGCUUUCCCCAGAGGCCAGUCCCUUCUCGAAGCUCCUAGAUAUUAAUGACCUCCCCAUCAACAGCCACCCUGGACCAGAUUCCUGCGCCUGCCCAGGGAAUUCGAAGGAUGUGUUCAAUAAUUUCCUUUAUUGGAGGACUCCUCUCCCUGACAUAAGCAGGGACUUAGAGUUGUUUCUGAGCAAGGCUGGGCUGCGGGAAGAAGGCUGCAGCAGACCCGAGACUGUGCCUAACAGCUGUGUGGCCAGCAGUGAGAUCCAAAAAGUCCUUGAUAGUUUGCAGGAGCACAUGAUGAAUGAUCCAGAUGUUCAAGCUCAAGUUCAGGUAUUAUCAGCUGCACUGAGAGCUGCACAGCUUGACUCUGUGAAUGAACCUGAGAGCAAGGUGUCAGAAGGUCUGGAUGAAGCGUCCAUUUCAGACCCUGGCUCUGCCUCUGACAGUCAGAUGACCCUGUUGGCCUCAUCAUCUCCGGAUGAGCUCUCCGUGGCCAGGGCAUCACCACGCUCAGAUCUAGCUGAACCCCGAAAUGGAACCAGUGACCAUCUGGAGACUGAGCAGAGACAUGACUGCACCCCACUUGAGGAGAAUGAAUCUAAAUUACAGGAUAUAAUACCUCAGCCUCUGCUAGAUCAGUAUGUGUCAAUGACUGACCCAGCUCGAGCCCAGACUGUCGAUACUGACAUAGCCAGACACUGUGCCUACAGCCUCCCGGGAGUGGUGCUGACCCUGGGCCGGCAGAAUUGGCACUGCCUGAAAGAUACUUAUGAAACGCUGGCUUCUGAUGUCCAGUGGAAGGUACGUCGGACCCUGGCCUUCUCUAUUCACGAGCUGGCUGUGAUUCUUGGGGAUCAGUUAACAGCAGCCGACCUGGUGCCCAUCUUCAAUGGAUUUUUAAAGGAUCUGGAUGAAGUACGCAUAGGAGUUCUUAAACACCUGUAUGAUUUUCUAAAGUUGCUUCAUGAAGACAAGAGAAGAGAAUAUCUUUAUCAGCUUCAAGAAUUUGUAGUGACCGAUAACAGCAGGAAUUGGAGGUUUCGAUAUGAACUAGCAGAACAGCUGAUACUGAUUUUGGAACUCUAUAAUCCCAAUGAUGUUUAUGAUUAUUUAAUGCAUAUUGCCUUAAAGUUGUGUGCAGAUAAGGUUUCUGAAGUUCGGUGGAUCUCCUUCAAACUAGUUGUGGCAAUUCUGCAGAAGUUCUAUUCAAACAGUGAAAGUGCAUUGGGGUUAAAUUUCAUCAGUGAACUCAUCGUAAGGUUUCGGCACUGUUCUAAGUGGGUUGGAAGGCAAGCUUUCGCUUUCAUUUGUCAGGCAGUGGUGAGCGAGGAAUGUGUCCCCGUGGACCAGUUCGUUGAGCACUUGCUUCCUAGUCUCUUGAGCCUUGCAUCGGAUCCUGUGCCAAACGUGAGGGUUCUGCUAGCCAAGGCUCUGAGGCAGACACUGUUGGAAAAGGCAUAUUUUAGAAAUGCCGGUAACCCUCAUCUUGAAGUCGUUGAAGAGACCGUCUUAGCUUUGCAGUCAGACCGGGACCAAGAUGUUUCAUUUUUUGCCACCCUAGAACCAAAGCGGCAGAAUGUUAUAGACACUACUGUACAAGAAAAAUAGAAUUAACUACUCUGUGAUUAAUUGUAAUCUGGUCGUUUCAUGCUUGGCAUAUAUUGCUUAUCAGAACUUGAAGGGGAGCUGAUUGUAUUAUAUCUGCUGAGGGGGAAAAGAUUUCUGUAACUUUUAUACUGUGCACUCAAAUGACUGACUCCUUUCCCGGCAGCCCCGAGGGACUGAACCCUGGAUGGGGGCUUACUUCAGAUGGCUGGGCCUGUGCUAUGCUCCCCACCCCUACCAGCCCAAUCAGUAGCAGUCUGUGGAAAGAUUGCAGACCCAGACAGCUGACCGGGUAUCAGGGCCUCUGUCCCAUCAGAUUGCCUGCCAGGGAUUUGUUUUCUCUGUGAUGGACUAUAUUAUUUAAAGUCCCCCCUUCCCCAAAUAAAGUAGUUUAUGAGAAGCUUUUAAUUCUUUAAUAGACUUGCAUAUUUGCUUCCCUUAUGCUUUUCUAUAAAAUAUAGUUUAUGGCGUAAAAUUUUAUUUUUAACUGAAAUACUGUACAUAUGUAAAUAACUCUUGACAGGAAGAAAAUAUGUUAAUGUAAUAUUAGCCUCCUAUCAGUGAGCUGAACAAAUACAUCAUUUAAAUUUAUGCUCUACUUUGAGUUGCUGCAAAUAUAGCUCAAUUUGUUUACUUUUGAAAAAAUGUGAUAGUUAAAGAAAUCUACUAAAGAAUGACUUAUGGCAGUCUUUGGAAUAUUGUACUUUUGAUGUAAACUGUGCUUAGAACUUUUUCUCAAGCACUCACUCCUCCCCUUCUUGCAGGAACUGUAUCCAUAAAGAUAUGUGUGGGCCUUUCAUAGAGGCAUAGAGCGGAAAGAUUUUUCACUUUUAUAUGGAUAUAUUGUCAUAUGUUUAAGAACUUGGAGGGAAAUUGAUAAUUGAAAUGCAUGGAUAUUGCCUUUAUAUCUAAUGCAUUAGAAUUUUGUCAAAAAAUAGGAAAUCACAGUUCUGAUUAGAACUUGCGCACAAAUACCGAAGAUUUUGGGGGCUAAAUUAUGUACUCUUCAAAUUGACUUAAGUACACAGAAUUUAGAUUUCAUGCUUUUGAAAUUUAGACUAAGCAAAAGAUGGUCUAGAAUUCAAACAGGUUUUUCAUUAAUAAUUCAAGAUUCUGUAAACAUUUGAUUAAAAUCCUGCAUACGUGUAUGCUUAUGUUAUUUUUCUUGUUUCUAGUUAUAUAUUCUCAAAGGUAGGCAUGAGAGAGGGAAGGAGCAGCAGCCCAUUUGGGGUUCAAGAGCUAGCUGCAAAAGGGCAUGUAAGCUAUUUCUGUUCUUCACUUUGGUCUUUUCUUGUCUGUCUUUUCUGUUCUUAUUUUUAAUAAAAUUUCUGAGGCUGUAUAUUGAAUUUCCUGUUUUACAGGAUGUUUCCCCUGCCCCAACCCCCAAAUUCUAUUGAACUGAUUCUUUAAAAAGAAAGGAAGGAAUUUAUAUAUACAGUGCCAAAGAAAAUAAGGUACAUGUGUGAGAAUUUCAAAUUGUAACCCACAGUAGCAUUUAGGCAACUUCAGCAAAGAGUUAAUAAAUUGGAUGCUACAUAUUUUUUUAA